CGAAAAUUUAUAAAACAUUAAAAAAAUUUGAAGUAAUUUUUUUAUAAUAAAAAAUAACUAUAAAACAAAAACAAGAUGUCUAUACAGUCUGCACAACAGAAAGAAUUACCGAUGUUAAAAAGAGCCGCUUUGCAAGUGGUGGCUGGUGGUUCAGCUGGUUUUGUGGAAGUUUGUAUUAUGCAGCCGCUAGAUGUGGUUAAAACACGCAUGCAAUUGGGUGGAGGAGGGCAUCAUUAUAAAGGGGUGUUUGACUGUUUUGCAAAAAUGUCUCGACAAGAAGGUUUUUUUGCAUUUUGGAAGGGUAUAUUGCCUCCUAUUAUAGCCGAAACGCCGAAAAGAGCUAUAAAAUUUGUAUGCUUUGAACAAACUAAGCCAAUGUUUAUGUUUGGAGCUGCAGCUCCAACGCCACUGACUUUUUCUUUAGCCGGUCUAACAGCUGGUCUGAUUGAAUCUAUUGCAGUGAAUCCCUUUGAAGUAGUUAAAGUGACACAACAAGCUGAUAAAACUAAAAUGAAAGAAGCACAAAGCACUUGGACGGUAACCCGGCAAAUCGUACAAAAAGAUGGCUUUGGUUUGCGUGGUCUUAACAAGGGCAUUACUGCUACAAUGGGUCGUAAUGGUCUUUUUAAUAUGGUCUAUUUCGGGUUCUAUCACAGUGUCAUGAAAUUGACGUCAGCAUCUGAUGAUCACUUCAAAGAAUUUUUUCGAAAAUUUGCUAUCGGUUUCACUUCGGGUACUUUAGCAUGUUUCGUUAACAUACCAUUUGAUGUCGCCAAAUCUCGUAUACAAGGUCCUCAACCCCAGCCGGGCGUUGUCAAAUACAAAUCGGCACUUGGCAGUAUAUUAUUGGUUUACCAUGAAGAAGGUUUUCGCGCUUUAUAUAAAGGUUUAGUUCCUAAAAUUAUGCGUUUAGGCCCUGGCGGUGCCAUACUCCUAUUGGUUUAUGAAUACGUUUUGGAUUUGAUGAAAAAAAAAUGUUUAUAAUAAUGAUUGUUUAUUACAGGAAAGAAGAGAGAGGAAACAAGUGAUUAUACGUCUUUACCUAGUAAAAGCCAUUUUAUAUACUUUAUAUUCAAAAAAAUUUCGACUGUCAUUAUUAUAUAUGAAAAUAAAUGUAAAUUUUUU